AUGGCGGACACUAAGGCUUUACCGGUGUUUGCAUUUACGGACGACCGAAUACAGUUACAACAACUGCGAGCAUAUAUGAGAGAGCACGGUUCUUCAAUCAGCGAAGAGGGGUCUGCAGAUUUUAGUGAGAAUUUGGAGGAAUUGGUUAAGGCUGUUCAUGUUUUGGGUGCUUUGGAAAGUGAUAAGGAAGUAGAAAUGAUUUUAAACUCGAUAUCAUCGCUUAUUGUUGUACUUACACCGGAAGCAGCUGAGAAAAUAAUCAUUGAAUUCUGUCAUCAGUUAACUCCAGAAAAUUUCAAGGGAACUGGAUGGAAUAGCAAUGCGUCAUCGGCUGUUCGGACCCUUUCAAAUUUAUUUUUUGCUUUUAAUAAGCAUCCACGAGUACAGCAUUCUCUUUAUAUUGCGUUGGUAGCUUUGUGUGGAAGAGCACGAAUCAUUGGAGAUCUGGAUACAAGUACUGAGAAAGUGAAUGAAUAUAUUAGUCGUUGGUCUUUGGAUCAGAAGCAGCAGCGCAGUCUUUUACGGUUGAUUCAUUGGGCUCUUAUCCAUGACGGAAGAGCCGAUCAAGCAGCUAAAACAAUGACAGCUUUACUGAGAACAUAUACUGAUGCAGAUGCUGCAUUUGCUAUAGAAGAUGCCCGUGAAUGCGUGCGAACAGCAAUAGUUGACCCGAAGUCCUUCAGUUUCGAUCAUCUUUUAAGGCUUUCUGCAGUGCAGUUAUUGGAAAAAAGUGAUCCAUUGAUGCACGAAGUGCUAAAGCUAUUUUCUGAAGGUACUUUGAAAGAUUAUCAAACCUUUAUUAUGAAACAUCCAACUUUUAUUAGUGAAAAGUUGCAUGUUGAUGAUACAGUUCUGAUCAAGAAGAUGCGGUUACUAACGUUGAUGGACAUGGCCGAAAAAAAGACUGUCAUAUCUCUUCAUGAUUUAUCACUUGAAGUUGAUAUACCGGAGAAUGAAGAACUCGAAGAAUUUAUAAUUGAAGCAAUUAGAAUAAAUGCUAUUACUGGCAAAAUAAAUGAGUUAAAAAACGAACUCAAUGUAACAUCGCUUCAACAUCGAAGUUUUGGUCGUCCCCAGUGGGAACUUCUUCGAAAACGGCUUAUUGCACUAAUCGGUAGUUUGAGUAUAUCACACGAAAAUAUCAAGAAUGUAUUUGUUAAUGGUGCCACCACAUAA